CUUUUUGAAUGCUCCUGGAGGUACUGGAAAAACAUUUGUCACAAAUUUAAUACUGGCCAAAGUUCGCAAGCAAAAUAAAAUUGCUGUAGCAGUAGCCUCUUCUGGUAUAGCUGCUACACUGUUGCCUGGAGGUCGCACGGCUCAUUCUGCAUUCAAACUUCCUUUGGAUUUAGCUACCAAUGAUGAAGCUGUUUGUAAAAUUACUAAAAAUUCUGGCAUGGGAGAGGUUUUUAAAAAAUGUGAACUUAUAGUCUGGGAUAAAUGUACAAUGGCCCAUAAAAGAGCAUUGGAGGCCCUGAACAAAACUCUACAAGAUGUGAGAAACCACAAGACAUUGAUGGGCAGUGUAACUGUUGUCGUAUCAGAAGAUUUUCACCAGACUCUGCUGGUUAUACCUAAGGGAACAAAAGCUGAUGAAAUUCGAGCAUGCCUUAAAUCUUCCUGUUUGUGGCACAAUGUUAAAACCUUGAAGCUUACAACCAACAUAUGA